UUCGAUCGUGGCUUGAGUUGAGAGAAUAACUCGUCGUAUUCGUUUAAUUUUCUUUUAUUGAUCGUGUUAAGUUCGUACGAAUUGAAGUUUAAAAAAUGAAACUUCGUAGUAACUCAACUAAUAGUACCGGGGUGAAAAGAGGAUUGAUUGAUGCGUUUGAUGAGCGAUCGUCAAAUGCAAAGUCACUGAAAAUAAACCAAGGUGAUGUGAAAAGAAUUUCUCAUUUUUACGAUAAAGAUAUCGAGAUAGAUGUCGAAUGCCACUAUGAGAAUUUCAAGAAGGAAAAUGUUAAAGUAGAGCCCGACGUUCACAUCAAAUCUGAAAAAGAAUUUGAAGAUACGCAAAAAAGGGUGAAAGUAGAAGACAAAGUUUAUGUAAAGAAUGAAAAAAUAUCUGAAUUCAAAAAUUUCAAAGUAGAACCAGACCUCCACAUCAAAUCUGAAAAAGAAUUUGAAGUGAAUUCGAAAAGUAACUUUCGAACACUCGAAAAUCGAAAAAUUAUCUCUGGACAAGCUGCGCAAAAAAGGAUCAAAAUAGAAGCUGAUGUUUACAUCAAGAAUGAAAAUAUAACUGAAUUUAAAAAUUUUAAAGUAGAAUUAGACCUCUUCAUCAAAUCUGAAAAAGAAUGUAAAGUGAAUACGGAAAAAAACUUCCGGACAUUGAGAAAUAGAAAAAUUAAUCUUGCUGAACAAGCUCCACCAAAAAAUGUCAACAUCACGAAAGAAAAGAUAAUUGAAGAGAAUAUACAACAUAAUUCUGAGGAUAUUCAACGAGCUUCUCAUAACUACGACAAAGAAAUUGCUGAACUAAUCGAAUUUCACGACGUACAACCUGAAAAAGCAAAUGAAGUAUAUACUAAACAUAAUUUGUUUGAACAAGCUGCGUUAGAAAUUGUUGAUAUGGAAGUAGAGAAGAACGUCGUAAAUAAAAAAGUAAUUGAAGUGGACUUGGUCGGCAAUAAUAACAAGAAAAAAGGGAAAAAAACUUUGGAAAAUCAUCGUAAAUGUUGUCAAUCAUAUGAAUCACUUUUGAAUUGCCUAGAAAAGUUCAAUCGAAACAGAGGUUGCAGAAAUUGUACUUUGUGCUUUUUUCAUCGUGGCUUUUGUGUAGAGUUUUAUCAGCUAGUACAUGUGAUAGUUGUAAAGAAUGAAAUCAAGAAAUGUAUUUGUCAUGAGUGUGGAAUGGAAUUUACCAACAUAUCGAUUUUAAAAGUACACAUUGAUUAUACACAUACAAAAUGUUUCACCAGCCCAAUUAUACUUAAGUGGCAUAACAAAACGUCUAAUCGCACACGGUUCAUACCGGUGCAAACACUAUAAGUUUUCCUGCAUCCUUACGAAUGACAUAUAUUUUCGCGAGUGAGAUUUGUGCGGAUAAAUAUUUAUUUAUUGACCAAAUAUUUACUCGCUUAAUAUCGAUAAAAGUAAGAGUUUAUUUCGUUGUUUUCACUUUAUUUCUGUUAACAAGAUAUAAUUAAUGCCUAUUUAAAGGCGAAUAUAAAAACUUUAUUGAUAACUAAAUUCAACCUAAAAUGUACAUGUAAUGUAACUUUUAUGAUAAGUCUAUAGUUAGCGUAUUAAUAUAAGUGUAUUAAUGUAAAAAAGAAGAUGUUUAUCAGACAUAAAUUAGAAUCAGUUAUGAUUUCUUAAUGAACUAUAAUAAUUACGAUAGUGCGCAAAAUUAACUUUACUUUAGCAAGUUAAGCGUAUAUUUGAGAAAUUUUAAAGAUAAUGAUUUAAUUUUUAUUAAAAAUUAAUCAUAUCAAACUACGAAAUAGUUUUUAAUCUUUAAAGCACACAUAUAUAUAACUCGAAAAUUAUGUGUUCAUAAAAUAAUAAAACCCAAAAAUAUUGCCGAUCAA